GUAGCGUCGGCAGCGGCUUGCAAUGCUCCACCUCGAGGCUUGAGUCGGAUGGCGGGGAGGGGAACGAGGAUGCUUCAACCCUUGACUGAGACCGACACUAGCAGCAGCAUCACUGCAUCUCAGGAUGGCUGAAACGAUGGUUUGGGGGUUGGGUUUGUGUAGUGUGUGCAUCUAUCUCUCUGUCCAGCGGCACAUUCAACCACUCAACUCCAAAAGCCGGAAGAGAUCACAGCCGGACACGCGGAGGAGCAAUCAUGGUGCCGGCACUGCACCAGCCUUGCACUCAUAUCGGCCCGCAAGUAGCGGAGAUCUGGGGUUAGGGUUAUCAGAACAUCAGACCACUGAGCCCAGAGGGGACAUCAUCUACGGUCAAGAGCAGAGAUCCCCUUAGUGGACCCCCCCCCAAAUCUCAUCACCUCACACCGCCACCCAUAUGACACGUUCAACCAAGCGGUGUGCAGUAUUCAGGAUGAUGGCAUUGUAUUGACGUGUUGAUGUACAUACAGCAGUCCCAGAACCUUUC